GAUCCUGACAGUUUAAMAGAACAACACCGUUGGAUUCAUGGUCCAGAUUUCUUAUGGAAGCCAAAGGUUGACUGGCCUAAGUACCCAGUUGAUGUCAAGAUUUCCAAAGAAGAUCCGGAAGUUAGAGAUUUGUCGUGCCUUCUCAUCAAUCGCUGGAAGUACAGUGACCAAAGACCUGUUGCAACGUUGGUCGUACUUCACCAGCUGGUAUCGUCUUAAGAAAGCAGUAUCACUAGCACUACAACUUCAGGCCAAGUAUCGCAAGAACAACGAUACAAGUCAUAGGAGAGCAAAGAUAUGUUCACCGACGUCUGACGAUCUACGCAAGGCAGAAAUUGUCAUUUUGAAGACUGUCCAAGCUGAUGCAUUUCCUGAAGAAUUUGCCGUCCUUGAACGUCUACAGAAAGGUGAAGGUGACAGAGCCGCACAGAAACAUAACAAGUCAGUAAUCAAAAAGUCAAGCACUUUGUUUCGUCUUGAUCCGUUCACCGACGAUGACGGUCUAAUCAGAGUUGGUGGUCGUUUGCGAAAGAGUCAAGAACUUACCGAUGAAUUAAAGCACCCUGUGAUAAUUCCAAAGAAAAGUCACAUCACCACUCUAUUGAUUGGCCACGCCCAUGAGAAGACAGCCCAUAGUGGAAGAGGAAUGACACUCAACGAGCUAAGGAAUCAAUUCUGGGUGAUCAACGGAAACUCUGCAGUGCGAUCGUUCAUUUCCAAGUGUGUUACGUGUAGAAGACUGAGAUCUAACCUGGCAACACAGAAGAUGGCUGACCUACCUGAGGAUCGAAUGAGUGCAGCGCCCCCAUUUACACAUUGUGCAGUUGAUUACUUCGGUCCAUUUAUGGUUAAAGAAGGAAGAAAAGACCUAAAGCGUUCUAUUUACGUGUUUGUCCAGCAGAGCCGUGCACCUUGAAUCGGCAAUUUCUUUGGAGACAGAUUCAUUUSUGAACGCCUUACGACGUUUCAUAGCCCGCCGAUGUCCAGUCAAGUCUAUACGAUCUGAUCAAGGAACAAACCUAGUUGGAGCUGUUAACGAGCUGCGAGAGAAUCUGAAGAAAAUGAACCAGGAAAAGGUAAAGGAGUACCUGCUACGACACGGAAGGGCCGAUUGGUUACCACAAUGGUCAUUCAACCAUCCUUCAGCCAGCCAUAUGGGUGGAUCGUGGGAAAGGCUAAUUCGUACAACCAGAACCAUCCUCGUAGCCUUAACGAGAGAGCAAGGACAUGCGCUCAAUGAUGAAUCGCUUAGAACUCYCCUAGCGGAAGUUGAGAACAUCGUAAACAGCCGACCUCUGACAUUUCCUACAGAUGACCCUCAAGAUCUCUCUGUUCCUUUAACUCCCAAUCACCUACUCACAACGAAAUCUAAAGUAGUUCUUCCCCCUCCUGGCGAAUUUCAAACAGAAGACAUGUACAGCAGAAAGCAAUGGAGAAGGGUACAAUAUCUUACGGAAGUUUUCUGGUCAAGAUGGAAGCGUGAGUAUCUACAAACACUGCAGGUACGUGGAAAGUGGAACCGGUUUCAAAGAAAUCUCAAAGUUGGAGAUAUCGUCCUUGUGAAAGAUGAAAGAACGCCCAGAAAUACAUGGCCCUUAGCUCGCGUGGUUGAGACGUUUCCUGAUGCUCAAGGAAUGGUGCGCUCCCUCAAAGUGAAGACGCAAGCAUCGGUACUUACCAGACCCAUCCACAAACUCGUCGUAUUAUUGGAAGCAUAAAGAUUUGACUUUUUCUUUCUAUAAGGACUUGAUUUAUGAACACUGAUUGACAAUAUUAGUUUAGCAACCUUUAUUAUUACUUAUUAUUCAGUUGAUAAGUGUGGCACCCUCUUAUGAGGGGAAGAAUGUUGGUGCGAAUAAUUGUUUUCUUUGCCUAAGUUUAAUGUAUUCUGUUCUUUUGUUCUAAUCGUUUAAUUAUUGUAAAAUAGUGUAAUUAAGUCAGUUCACUUCAACGUUUAACGGAACUCACGACAAACUAUCUUGUAAGUAUUUUUUAAGUUUUUUCGUAUUUUGCC